AUAUUUCUGGCAUUCUUAGCGCUAACUGUGGCGUUUGUCCCUAUGAUGGCUAUCCAUCACUACUACAUUGAUCGGACUCAGGGUUGGAAACGUGGCCAGAAACGUCCCCAUACCAGAAUCAUUAAUGGAUAUACUGCCGAGGAAGGAGAUGUGCCAUACAUUGUCCGUUUAACCUUAGGAAAUGCGUCAUGUGGUGGUACCAUAAUUGGAGACACUUGGAUUUUAACUGCUGCCCAUUGCCUCAGUGGUAAACUAUAUGCAACGAUUUACUAUGGAUCCAAUGAGAAGGAAUCAAACAUAUUCCACAGAGUGCUUUUCCAUAAUUUCAUUAUACAUGAACUGUAUGAGCCUCUUCCAAAUUUAAGAUUCGAUAUUGCUCUAGUUCGUACACCACGCAUCGAGUUUAGUGAUACAAUUAGCCAGAUAGCUCUUCCCGCAGUGAGUGAUCGUUAUGACAGGAUGGUGGACGAGAGGGCUAAAGUUUGCGGCUGGGGCCUCAUAUCGUUGACCGUAAUACCUGAAAUACUGGAAUGCAUUGACGUGCGAGUUAUAACCAAUGAAGAAUGCUUUAAACCGAAUAAUGAAGCAAUUAUUACAGACAGUUUGAUGUGCACGGGGACAGCAACUUGUUUCGGCGAUUCUGGUGGACCUUUAGUGACUGAUUCACUGCCCCCCAAGUUGAUUGGAAUUGUUAAAGGACACUUUGAAUUGUGUAAUGCAAAUUCCGUCUUUACCCGCGUUACUUCAUUUUUGGAAUGGAUUCAUGGAAAAACUAAUAUUCCUAUUUCUGAGUAAAAUCAAGUGAAAUUAACUCUUAAAUCGAUAUUAAAUUGAAUUGAUUGGACACACACAAUUAGGGCGAGAUAUUUGAACAUGUUUCAUUUCAUUUGUAUAACUUUCCAGAAUAUUGAUAAAAGGGGUCGCCAUUCUUCAUAAUUCCGAUAAAUCUGGCCCUGCUUAUAAUAAA